AUGGAUGCUACGUCUGCGGUAUACCAUACGCGUCAUAUGCAUCACCAACAUCAUAGCUAUCAACAAUAUCAUCGCAUAGCAGCUAGUUCGAGCUAUGAUGUCAAUAUACCGCAGCCCACUAGUCAAACACCUGUCCCAUCUGCGACAUCAUGGGUUGACGAAUUAGUUGCUCGUCAGACGUUUGUUCAAUCAACUCAUUCAACCAUUACCACCGUCAUGCCAUCACUUGUUAUCCGUGAGGAGGAAGCUGAUAAUGGUGUUGAAACUAACUCAGGUACAGCAAUGCCCACACUAGCAGAGACAAGCUCAUCGUCAUCUUCAUCAAUUUCAACCACCAUAACUGCCAUACCUAGUCUGAAUAACCCGUACAUCCAUAUACCGACACUACCUACGAGCUUGGUAUUCAUCAUCGUUGGCUCCAUUCUUGGAGCCGUCUUACUUGCAUUAACUUUAUACCGAAUUAUAAACCAUUACAUUUACUCAUCAAAAGCUCAAUUGGAAAAAGAAACUUACUACUCCCGACCAAAUUUAAGUGAAAUGUCACAAAAUUACUCAUUUCCUCAUAAACGAAUGGCAUCUUCUUCAUCAUUACUUGAUUUAUCAUCAAACUCGUCUACUUUAUCUCAAGGCAAAUCACUACAAAACCAUAUUCUUAGCGAUAAACAACAGUUUCGUAAAUCAAUGUUUAAUAACCCGAGUUUGGAAUAUGAUAGUUUAUCAGUACCAUUGUAUCAAGAUAAACGAAAUUCGACUUCAACAAUGUACUUGCAAAAAUAUAACAAUUCAUCAGCAGCAUCAAUUAUGAAGCCAUUGGGGCCUUAUUUGGAUUCAACUACAGUGGCAUCGUCUUCAUAUCUUGAUGAUGGUAGUAACGUCAAUAAGGACACCGACAGUGAUAAAUUGGGAACCACUGGUACUUUUGCAGGUAGUGUUCAAACUACAUUACGUCCUCCUAGUAUGUACCUUGAAGAUCUUUUGAACGGGAUGGAUGAUGGAGAAGGGCGAAAGGAGAGUGAGGAGAAGGAAGAGGAGAAAGGAGGUAGGUGA